UACGCAAAAUGUAUACUUGUAUAGCUAAUUUCAACUUUUGAUUUAGUUUCAUCAUUUUAAUUUAGUGUUCAAUCAAUGUUAUUAUGUUGUUUUGAAGUUCAAAAGUAGAUUAAAGACCAACUGAUUGAUAAAAUUUGUAUCAUUACCUUGUUUGAAAUUUUGUUAAACCAUCUAAAAGUGAAUUGAACAUCUCUCGUUGUUCAAUUUUAGUCCGCUGUUUGUUGCCAUUAACACAGUAUCAAACAACAUGUAUCAGAGUUGAAUUUAACACAAUUGGUUAAUCGCUAAAUAUAAAUUAACCGACAAAAGACGUUACUGUAAAAGAAACGGUUACUUCUGUUUUCUCCAAUCUCAUUGUUUACUUUUUCUCUCUCGCCAUUUUGAACCAGUGACUAACGCAUAUUUUCAAAAAGUGAAUCAACCAAUUCAAGUGAAGUUAAAAUUAUCUUUCUUCUCUCUCUUUCUCUUCUCUAAUCAAUAUUACCAAUUAAAAAUGGAUGAAAAUGUAACGUUAAGUCAAAGUGACUCGGACGAUUUAAACUCAUCUAUCGGCAGCCGAUCUGGAUCUAUUGACAAACCAGGAAUUUGGGUUUGGUUAGCUGAUCAUCUCAACAAAAGGCGAUCAAGUAAGAAAGACAUAACCGAUCUUAGUGAUACCAAAGUUACUUCUCCGGAAACAAUUGGAAGAUCUUUGUUCUACCUCAGCUCUUCAUGGAAUCCAAUUGAACUGGAAACUGACCUGAAAGAAGCAAAUGCACAAUCUCCCGUCGAGUCUCUAUCAAAAUGGUCUUCUUCGAUGAACCCAGAAUCAAACGAAGAGGAUUACGAUGAUGAUCAAGCUGUUGUGGUCGAAGAUGACGAUGAGGAAGAUUUGAAUAUUGAACCAACAAAUGAGGAAAUAAUUGACGACAAUUGUCACCAGGAAUCAUUAUUUUCAAGCAGUUACGAAGAGAAGUCAGCAAAAAGCGAGAACAUUGAAAAUGAAAGCUUACCAUUGACAAUUAUUGAGCAGGACAGUUUAAUGACUGACACAAAGCUGACCAACAGUAAUGAUGCCACUUCUGAUGACAAUAUAAAUGUCAACAAUUUGAAUUAUUUUGAGCGUCCCCGAUCCCGGCCUUUAUCAAUUCAACGUAACUCUAAACGGUCAAGUGGUAACGACGAGUCAAAUGUUAAUGUGGAACGUGAACGGUACGAGAUGCGUCGAGAUCGCCUCCUUCAAGAGUUGCUGACCACGGAGGAAGAUUAUGUUACUCAUUUGGAUUCCAUUAUUAAUGGUUAUAUAAAACAAAUGAAAAAUAAUAAACCGUAUCCAGUUCCGGAAGAUUUGAAGGGUGGAAAGGCCCGAAUUGUAUUUGGAAAUAUUGAAGCAAUUUAUGAAUGGCAUCGAGAUUACAUGGUCAAAGAAGUCCGUCAAUGUGUUUCAAAUAAAGGUCCAUUAGGACCUGUUUUUAAACGCUGGCUCAAAAAAUUGAACAUUUACGUUGUUUAUUGUCAAAACAAAAACAAAUCUGAAUUCAUUGUUCAACAAUAUCUUAAUAGCUAUUUCGAGGAUCUUCGGCUUCACUUGGGUCAUCAAUUGCGUUUACCAGAUUUACUAAUCAAACCAAUUCAACGAAUAAUGAAAUACCAAUUGAUAUUAUCCAAUUUACUGAAAUACACCCAACAAGCUGGCCUUGUUGAUGAACUAAAUGAUCUACGGUCAGCUUUAAAGUAUAUGCAAGCAGUUCCCAAGACAACAAAUGAUAUGAUGGCUUUAACCCGACUUGCUGGCUAUGAGGGUUCAGUAAUGACCCAAGGAAACCUGAUUAUGCAAGGGAUUCUUUUUGUGGGUCAAUCGCCGUCAUUAUUAACUUCCUCGUAUGAACUUGAAUCGUCUAAUUUUUACAGUCAUGAUGAGAGUAAACAUUUGAGUAGGAAAGUACUUCGUUCAAUGAGCUCUGUGUCAACAUCAUCUAAUUACCAGUUGAAAAAGCGAUACAUUUUCCUAUUUGAAAAGGUAAUGCUGGUCUGUAAAGUUCCUAAUCGUCAUCAUGCUUUCUCUGAAUACAUCUACAAAUUUCAUAUACCGACCAACAAAAUAUCACAACUUGAAAGUGACUGGACCUCGGAUGAAACCAAAUUUUCACUUACCACGGAAAACUAUCAUUCAAACAGAUUUGAUGGUCCUUUAAUUGUCUUCAAGGCAGCCAACUUUACGGAAAAGCUUAAAUGGACAAACACAAUUCAGAAACUUCUUGAUCGACAAUUAUUUUUUAUUCGUGCUCUAGUCUCACCCAUUGUGCAUCAAAAAUCCAUUGAUGCAGCAUCGUCAUUAAACAACCUUUUUGAGGCAACAACUUAAUUACUUCAAUUAAGCCAUUGCUCUUCUUUGUCCAUACCAAUAUCAAUUCAGCUACUUUUUUGUUUUGUACACAAUUUUUACAUAUUUAUUUGUCAAUUAUCUAUUAACCAUUCUAUUGACCAUUCUUUGGAUAUAAUGAUCAUUUGUACACUCAUUUUCAUCUCCAUUAAUAUCAAAUAUAAUCAUCAAAUUAUAUCACAAGGAAAACAAUGUAAUCUUCUCUAUUUUCAUGCCCUAUUUUUUACCCCAUUGCAUCAAUUCAUAGUUACAUUUAUUGUUUCUCUUUCCUUCUCUUUCCUUCUCAACAUUUCAUUCAUCAAUUGUAUAACAAUUAAACAAAUGUCUCUGAAUUAGAUGUAUUCAUUGUGAAAAAGCUGGUCAAACAAAUCAAUGUUUACCAAUUGAUUUACCAAUGUCAUAAAGUAUUCGGAAAUAUUUGUCGCAUUCGUUUUCUACGAAUCCGGACUUCAAAAUGGAUCCUUUCUUUUUUAUGAUAUAACGAUAAUAUUGUUGCUCAUUUUUACACGGAAUCCAGGAAUCGUUUGAAGUUGGUUUUCUGUAAACAAAAGGAGAAUAUAAUUUUCAAUUAAUAAAGAAAAAUCUCUUUGAAUUCAACUGAA